UCCAACGGAAAGCGAGAAGAAGUGGGAAAAAAGGAGGGAUGGAAGGAGGGAUGGAAGGAGGGAAGGCUGGAGUGACAACGGGGAGAUGGCGGACGAUGGAGAUGACUCUCUGCUACAUUGUGGUGGCUAUAUUUUACGUGGCUGUGAUUUCGAAAGGCCUCGUUUUGUCUGCUGAUUUCGAUUAUGGGAAGCGUGCAGGGGUGCUCCCGGGUCAACGCCCAGGAUGGAUGUUUGGUCGUCAGAUUGAUUUGUCAGACACCCAAUGGCGCACCUUUCGCAAUAAUUUGCCCGUGCUUUCAGCGCUGCUGGGGCUUCUUGUGACCCUUGGAGAGCUGCUAAGAAGGCUAUGUCCCAAGUCCACGUCAGCUCAGACGUUUUUCUGGUUCAAAUGCUCCGUGUUCACACUGCUGUACAUGCACGGAGCUUGCAUCGUUUUCGUCUUCCUCUUCGCGGGGCUGAACUUCGCGCUUGUGAAGGCCUGCGCUGGGAAUCGAUGGUACCCUCCUGUCUUGUGGGUUUUCAACUGUGCGUUGUUGCUUUCCAGCAGGCUGCACAACGGCUACUCCUUUGCACUGAUGUUGGGGUCCGAAUUUGCCUAUUUGGAUGGGUAUAGAGGGGGUUUUCGAUGGGAGAUUUGUUAUAAUUUCUUGAUGCUAAGGAUGAUCAGUUUCGGUAUGGAUUUCCACUGGUCGCUUAUCAAACGCCCUUCACCUGUCGACUUGGCAAAGCACAAGGAGUCUUGCGAGGUGUGCAGCGGCUAUGUCGGGGGUAUUGGAGGGGGGGGAAGAGGGGGAGGGGGAGGGGGAGGAAGGCGGCUGGGAGGAGCGGAGGAGUCGGCGGAAGGGCAGUGUUACCUUGCACGACAGGAGGGGGUCAUCGAUCUGAAGCAUUUCAACCUGAUGAAGUACUUGUGUUAUUUGUUCUUUACUCCUCUUUAUAUUGCUGGACCUAUUUCUAGCUAUGGUGCAUUCGUUUCCCACCUGGAGUCCCGACAGACGGCUCAUAGUCAGUGGAAGCUGUUGCAGCUUUUCCUCAGGUAUGCUGCCUGCUUUGCUCUCAUGGAGCUCAUCACCCACUUCACACAUUUCAAUGCUUUGGCCAUCAGUAUGGCGUGGCAGAGCUUAAGUCCAUUUGAGGUCUUCGCGAUUGGCUAUGGCGUUCUGAACUUCAUGUGGCUGAAGUUCCUCUUGAUCUGGCGGUUCUUCAGACUUUGGGCAUUGGUGGCCGGAUUCGAUGUACCUGAUAACAUGCUCCGCUGUGUGAAUAAUAACUAUGAUCUUGAAGGGUUUUGGAAAAACUGGCACGCGUCGUUCAAUCGCUGGAUCGUGCGGUACAUCUACAUUCCCCUCGGAGGGGCGGCAUCGCGCGGAACGAACGUGUGGCUGAUCUUCACCUUCGUCGCUCUCUGGCAUGACCUUGAUUGGAGGUUGCUGACGUGGGCAUGGAUGACGUGUGUGCUUUCCAUGCCCGAAAUCUCUGUGAAACUUCUCAUGAAAAGCGAGAAGAUGAGGUGGGUGAAGGACACGUGGAUGUAUCGAGAGGCUUGUGCCGUUUGCGGAGCUCUCAACAUCACUGGAUUGAUGGGAGCCAACCUUGUCGGAUUCGUGAUCGGUCCCGAUGGGCUGCAGACUUUUGGCGCCAAAUUUUUGACCAGGCAGAGUGUGCCCCUGAUUGGUGGAAUUUUCGUCGCGUUCUAUGCUGGGACGAAGGUCAUGUUCGACAUCCGAGAGCGGGAAGCGCGAAGGCAAAGCGCUCUCAGAGAGGCGAUUGGCGCCAAAAAAAAAAUGGCGGGAAAGAAGCAAGGGAGAGAAGCAGACCGAGAAUCGGGAAAAAUGGCGGGAAAGAAGCAAGGGAGAGAAGCAGGCCGAGAAUCGGGAAAAAUGGCGGGAGUGGUGCGAGCGGAAGGAGAACGAGAUCGAGAUGGAAAAGGUGAAGAUCAUCAUCAUCACGACAACAAGGGAUCAUCGGAAAAAGAACAAGACGAAGAAGAACGAAAGAUGAGGAAGCGAUUUUCGAUGAUCAGAAACAGUCCGUGAUUGGUUCUUUGUAUUCGUCAAUCCAUCCAUCCAAUCAAUCAAUUAAUCAAGCAAUG